AUGGAUCUCCUCAAGCAAUCUUACGCCCACGGCAGCUCUCCGUUACCACCAAACGCAGCUGCAAGUCAAUACCAUGUCUAUCUUUUUGGCGGUAAUAUCUCAAAAUCACUGUCGCCCUUGCUACACUCAAUUCUAUUUCGCGCCAAUUCAGCCUCAUGGGCAUUUCACCUCACGGAGACCACCGACGGCAACAUAUUCCGGAAACAAUUAGAUGACAACACAUGCAUUGGGACCACAAUCACGAUGCCAAACAAGGUGUCCUUUGGCCUUCUACUCGAUGACUUGACCGAGGAGGCGCGCAUGAUUGGGGCCGUCAAUACAUCGUUUAUUCGACUUGACAAAAGUGGGCAGAGAAGACAUAUCGGUACAAACACAGACUGCAUCGGUAUUCGGGAUUCCAUUCUCUACCGAAUGCCGGACGCGGGUACCACGGCCAAAGGUCGCCCAUCUAUGGUGAUUGGGGGUGGAGGUGCGGCCAGAAGUGCGAUCUUUGCCUUAUGGAGAUGGUUUGGCUCUACAGAAAUCUACAUCGCCAACCGUCUGAAAGCAGAAGUAGAUGCAUUAAUUGCCUUCUUCCAAUCAACGGCACCAGAUAUCACACUCAAAUAUCUUGCUACUGCCAAGGAAGCUGCAACCUGCGAGACACCUUAUAUCGUCAUUGGGACGAUUCCAAACGAUAUACCCCGUGAAGCAGGUGAAAUUACUUGCCGUCAGAUCUGCGAUACCAUUUUGUGCAGGAAAAACAAAGGCGUUGUGUUGGAUAUGUGCUAUCUCCCAUCCCCGGUGACAUAUCUAUAUACAAACGGGAAGGGCAACGGCUGGGCAGUUAUUCCAGGGACUGAGGUUCUAGUGCGUGUUUGUAUCGCACAACAGAUUCUCUGGUUGGAGAAGGAUGUCAAUAAACAGGGGGUGGAUGAUGCAAUGUCGGCUAUUUGGAAAGCUGUAAACCAGGGAGAGAGCGGUCCAAAAGCUUCGAAGAUUUGA